GUACGCGUUCACGUUUCCGCGCGCCCCAGCAAAGCGAGACCAGAACGGGGCGAAAUAUUGAGUGAAAGCUAGUCCAGACAGAGCUUCCUGACCCGAACGCGUUUUGAAGAGGAAGUUGCCUCCAAGCGCCCCGACGUGCACGGAGAGGUGGGGAUUUUUCUUUUGCACAGCUGCAUCGAAUUUGCACGACUGGGCGGCUGAAGUUUUGUGCGAUUCAGGACCGUCUCAGUUGUGAGUUUUGUCAGGGAGCAGCACCACACCACGUCGUGCCACACGGGGAGGAGAGGAGAGAGGGCAGAAGUUUCCGCUGGCUUGUUUUGUCGCUGCGCGGCUGGUAAAUCCGCAGGAAUGUCGCAGAAGGAGAGACCCACUUUCUACCGACAGGAGCUCAACAAAACCGUGUGGGAGGUCCCGGAGCGUUACCAGAACUUAUCUCCCGUCGGCUCCGGUGCUUACGGAUCCGUAUGUUCAUCCUAUGAUGUAAAGACAGGCCUGAAGGUAGCAGUGAAGAAGUUGUCCAGACCCUUCCAGUCCAUCAUCCACGCAAAGAGAACCUACAGGGAGCUGCGGCUGCUCAAACACAUGAAGCACGAGAAUGUGAUUGGUCUCUUAGACGUUUUCACACCAGGGACAAGCUUAGAGGAGUUCAAUGAUGUGUACUUGGUGACCCACCUAAUGGGUGCAGACCUCAACAACAUCGUCAAGUGUCAGAAGCUGACAGAUGACCACGUCCAGUUCCUCAUCUACCAGAUUCUCAGAGGCUUAAAGUACAUCCAUUCUGCAGAUAUCAUACACAGAGACUUGAAGCCCAGUAAUCUGGCUGUGAAUGAAGACUGUGAGCUCAAGAUCCUGGACUUUGGUUUGGCACGCCACACAGAUGAUGAAAUGACGGGCUACGUAGCCACCCGGUGGUACCGAGCUCCAGAGAUCAUGCUCAACUGGAUGCACUACAACAUGACGGUGGAUAUCUGGUCGGUGGGCUGCAUCAUGGCUGAACUACUUACUGGACAGACGCUCUUCCCUGGCACAGACCACAUUGAUCAGUUGAAGCUUAUUAUGAUGCUCGUCGGAACCCCAGGGCCUGAGCUCUUGAUGAAAAUUUCUUCGGAGUCUGCGAGGAACUACAUCAACUCACUUCCCCACAUGCCCAAGAGGAACUUUGCUGAUGUGUUUAUUGGUGCCAACCCUCUUGCGGUGGACUUGCUGGAGAAAAUGCUGGUGCUUGAUACAGACAAACGGAUCACAGCAUCUGAGGCUCUGGCCCACCCGUACUUUGCCCAGUACCAUGACCCAGACGACGAGCCUGAAGCAGAGCCUUACGACCAGAGCUUCGAAAGCCGUGAGCUGGAAAUUGAGGAAUGGAAGAGGUUAACCUAUGAGGAGGUAGUCAGCUUUGAGCCGCCAUCGUUCGACGGGGACGAGAUGGAAUCAUGAGGAGGAGGCACCUUUUCUUCCAUCUUUUGUUUUCCAAGAAACACUCUUUCAGGACUAUCAGUCUCAUGUGACUAUCCUCCACUUUCCUCACACACGCACACAGCCAUGACAUUCAAGUGCCUGCGGUCAUUCAUCUCCGGGGGACGUUGCGAUAUCAGGGAAAAAACUUGGCAUCCUGUUCCUUCCGUCCCCCACUUUGCUGUUUUUGUUAGUCUGCAUCCCAACGUGCUGAGGCAGACUUUAAUUCACCACAUGUUUUUAGUGAGUUUUUACCUCAGACAUUUAUUGUUUAUGUUGAUCCCCUAUUUGGUUCAGAAAACUAGAAACUACAUGUCAGUAUCUUAAAGCCAGUUAGAGAAGUUGAAAAGCUAAUGUGUAUUUUAUAAAAUUGUACUACUUAGCAGUAAUUAUUAUAGGAAAAAAGUUGGAUUGAAAAGUUUCAAACUGCGAUGUCUCUAAAAGUUUCUUUCCUCCAUACAUUAAAAUGAAAUGUUAUUUCUAUCAUAUCAUAUAGAACUGUGUAAAUAUGACAACAGUAUUUGUACAUAAGUACUUCAGUCAAACCAGUUACCAUAUUUAUGUAAUAGUCAUAAUUGCUGAGUCACACCUCAGCCGACCCCUUUGUCAGUAUGAAUUUUAUUACUAGAGUUUAGACUAAAGUUGCAUAUAAAAAUAUGUAAUUUAAUACAAGUAUGUAUAGGAUAGGCUAAAAAUAUGUAAAAUAUUCACCUCUACAUGGCAAAUUCAAGGCUUCAUAUUUCUUACUGUUGGAUUUCCAGGCUUACAGUGUUUUUUUUUGUUUGUUUUUUUUUUAAACCAAAAUAUGAGUUUAGAAAGUAUGGGGACUUGGCUUAUGUAUCAGUUUCACCUACUUAACAUUUACUUUCCACAACUUUCCUCCAUAUGAAUUCUGCUUUUAGCACUUCUGAAGAAGAAUGUUUAAGUCAACAUUAACACAACCUACAGUACCACUUACGCAUGAAAAAGCCAGAUUUGGCUUAUUAGUUUGUUGAAAUGUGAUGUUUCCCACCACAACACCAACUGACAGUGUACUUUAAUCAUAUUGCAUUUAUAAAACACAGUACUAUUAAUGUUUCUUGAAUGUUGGUGGCACCAGUCUGCCCCGUAUUUAUGAUAUUUUGUUAUGUUGUUUGUAUAUCGAUGUAAAAGAGAAUAUUAUUUGUCAGAAUUUAAGGUUCUUUUUAUUAUUUAUGGAGAGCUUACUGUAUCAGAAACCAAAUGUGUCAUCAAUAAUCUCAAACAUCAGUUAAGCCGCAGUGACUGCAGUUACAGCUUGUGUAUCAGAGCCAACAAUGUUAUUAAGAUGGGCAACCAUAUAGGUUUAAAUCAGUUUGAUAAACUCAGCUUGUUUUCAGUUAAAUUUUUUCAGGGCUUUUUCUGGGUUUAAAGCAGUUCUUGAACAUGUAUUUAUCUUAUUGUGUUCCCUGAGGUACUGCCCUCCAAAAGUAUCCUAUUUUAAACAACUUUCAAUAGAAAACAUAUCCAGAAAUCAAAGCAAAACAUGUAUUACAAGUACGUCAACAUUUUGUAUUGUCAUACAAACCACUAACAGUAGACUCCUAGUUCUGAAGUGUGCUACAAACAUUUGACCAAAUGUUUUUAUUUUUCUAUGUGAACCAUUUUAGAAGUCGGAUUACAUUUGACAUACAAGCUCUAUCCACAGUUGCUCUGGCUAAUGUCAUCCAAACAAUACCAGUGUCUUCACUAUUUCAUUUGCAACAGCUUGUUUUCAUGUAGUGCUUUUUCUAAUGUAUUAUUUUAUUCUUUGUGUGUUAAAUCAAGAUUUGAUGUUAUUCUGUGAUUCUGUAAUAUUUUGUUUUUUGAGUAAUGCUAGAACUAUAUAUUUGAAUAAUUUAGCAGGGCACAUGUUUGUGGGAAAGAGUGUACGUUUACUCACUGGAUGCUGAAGGGCAAUGCUGAAGCCUCAUUCUUUGUAGUUUUUAAAGCUACUGCAUAAAUUAGAUUAUUUAUCUUGUCCAUUUCCCAAUGUCAGUAGUUAAUUUGGUUAUUGGUUAUGCUUUCUUUGCCUGAGAUGUGUUCAUAUGUUUUUACUAUGUUCUUUACCACAUGUACCAAGACAGCACACCACGCCACCUGUAAAUACCACCAUUCGAAAAUAAAGGCUACUAUUUUUCAAACCUG